GUUUAAAUAAUUCUAUCACGAAUGUACUUUCUGCACAGUGAUUCAACUUAUUUGGAAGAGAUUCCCAUUUCAGCUCAAUGAUGUGGUGUCCACAGGGAUUUAUUUUGUAGUCGAUGCUUCUGUCCCCUGUCAAACUUUCAGCACACAAGAUUUUCAAGAUGUCCUCGGAGGACGGAAAUGAUGAACUCACUACUGAAGAGAGAGAGAACUCAGAAGAUGAGGAGAGAGAGAACUUAGAAGAUGAAGAGAGAGAGAACUCAGAAGAUGAAGAGAAUUCAAGAGAGAGUUUCAAUAGUUCUCAGUGCAAAAGUGGUGAAGAAUUGGACGACUCAAAUGAAAGUGGUGAAGAAUCAGAUGGUUCAAACAAAAGGGACCACAGCUCUGAUUCAGAGACGGAAAUUGACAGCGACCAGCUGUCCAAUGAGAGCUUGUAUCUUGUGUGCGGUAAAAAUUCUGCAAAAGGCGUCCCCUCAAAGAAAAAGAAAUCUGCCCGUGAUUCCAAUUACAUUUUGGAGGAAACUUCUUCCAAGGAGAAACCUUUUAUUUGUUCGUUAUGUGAUAAAUCCUACUGUACGUCUUCAAACUUGAAGAAUCAUAUGCGAGUCCACACUGGGGAAAAGCACCCCUACCUCUACAAAUGUCAUCUUUGUCCAAAGGAGUACGUCAAAACGUCAACCCUGCGAAUUCAUUUCCGAAGGAAACAUCCCGAUUCCAAGGAAAAACCGUUUAAGUGUGUUGCCUGCGGAGACUCCUUUUCUCGCCUUCGUGAACACAACCGUCAUUUAAGAAAGCACAAAAAUUACAAGCCAUUUAAAUGCAAGUUAUGUGAAAAGGGAUUUAGUCGGUCGUCGAGCCUGAAGCUUCAUGUGUUGACUCACACUCAGAGUCGACCCUUCAGCUGCAACCUUUGCGAGAGGGCGUUUAUGUACGAACAGCAGCUGUAUCAACAUCGAAAGUCAAACUGCUUAAAAAAGUUUAUCUGUGAUGUGUGUGGGAGAGUUCUGUCGACCAAGCAGAGUUUAGUUCUACACAAGAUAACGCACACGAAUGAGCGAAACUUUCCUUGCGAAGUGUGCGAUAAGAAAUUCCGCGCGGCGGAUGCUCUCCGGCGCCACACGAGGAUACACACCGGCGAGAAGCCGUAUAAAUGUGAGGUGUGUGGCAUGAAAUUCAUUCGUAAGUGUAAUGUAAACAAGCACAUGACGACACACACCGGUGUUAAGCUGUAUCUCUGCGACAUUUGUGGGAAGGAUUUUAAUUCGUUAACGUACUUUAAGACACAUAAGAGGACACAUACGGGCGAGCGUCCCUACGCAUGUGACACAUGUGGCAAAACGUUUCUGCAACACUCACAUUUGAGGAGGCAUGAGAUGAUCCACACUGGUAUAAAACCAUACACAUGUGUGGAUUGUGGAAAAGCCUUUAAUCAGCUCAUCAAUCUCAAAACCCAUGAAAAAACUCACACACGAGAUGAACGCAAUGAGUCAAAAGGCUGUAGGAAAAAUGUGUGAUAUAUAGCUCCAUAACUUCUAGAUUUGUCAAUUAAUACAUAAUUAACAAAUUUUAUAUGUGAAUGUUCAAUUCAUCAUGAACUAUAAUAAUACAUUGUACAUCUCUUUUGAUGCUUUUUAAUAUUAUGAUACAAUAUGUAUAUAAAUAUACAUAUAAACAAUG